AUGUGGCGUGGUGAUUUGUUCUUAUGUUGUAGUUGGUUGUCACAAGAUCGUUUAAGAAAUUUUGUUUCACAUUGGAAACGUGGUUAUCCAACCGAUGUAACAUUGGUAUGUGAAGUGGUUGGCAUUGAUCCGACAUAUGGAUUUCCGCGAAUCUGUGAUGCUACGGCAAAUGUACAAAUAUUUCAGAAGGAAAUGGCUAAAGAAAUGGUUACACAAGCAUAUCGUACUGAAAGUAUGGAACAGGAAGGUGGUGGUAAAAUUGUUGUUGAACUAAAAGGAAAGUGUUUCAAUGCAUCGUUAACGAUAGAAAAACAUGAACAACGAUGUCCUUGGUGUCAAGAGGAACAGGACCAGCAACUUGCUUAUGUUGCACAACCGGAAUUUGAAAUCAGCAACUCAUCAAGUGUGAUGAACUAUUUUGGUGGUGGCGAACAACUGCUUUGUGUUGCUGUUACUGUUUUGGCUGGAAUUGCAAUAAUCAGUACAGCAGCAUUUGCUUGUCUUUUGAUUGCUUUUAUCAAGCAAAAACGAAAUUCACCCACAAAAUGUCGUGUUGGAAGCUUUCCUUCAUCUGGGAUGCACAUUGAUCCGAUUCAUCUUGGUGAAGACUGCAGGUACGAAAUGCCAUGGGACCAAAAAUAUCGGCCAAUCCCACCCUGGAUGAGCAACCGGGAUGAGCUGAUCACUUCAUCACCAAACCAUGGCAGUUCACCCUCUUCGGGUCCGCUAUUUUAUCAGUCGUCUCGAACUACUAUCGGUGGUAUAACUCGGUAUGAGUCACCAACAACAUCAAUAUCUGGUCGGCACGACGACAGUGGACUUGAGUCUGUUUAA